AUGAGCCAGGUGAGCAACACCCUUAGAUACCCGGCUAGUGACCAGCCUGUUGGAUACAAAGACGGCAAUGGGGACAUCAGUACAGCGCCCUACUUCUCCACGCCCAACUCGCCGUACUGUGUCUCAGGCGCCUCCUCGCCAGCGCCGAGGUUGUCUUCUGACAGGCCCCAGUACCCAUUGCAACUGGAACUGGAGUCUGGCCAGAGCACACCAUUUCCUGUUUCCGGCAAUAUUUCCGUUUUGUCUCUGGCCUCUGUCGUAGGCGAUCGCAACCAGCAGCUCUUCGAGCUGCAGAAGGUCGAUCCGACCUUUACAGACAGCAUGGGCCAUUUCACGCGGCGCUUCGAGCAGCUGAUCAACAACCUGGACAAGAAGAACUCGAUGGCUGACUGCUGCAUUGAGACGUUCCUGGUGAAGAGCGAGCGCAAUUUCUACAACAUAUACAACGACGUGCAACUCAACAAAGAUCGCGUAAAGACUUCCAUCUCUCCGAUAAGUCCGGAUACCCCUGACCCUGGGACACCGCAGAACAGCAGCUGCUCUGGCUCCACGAGCGAUUUGAACCAGGGGGGCUUUGACGAAAUUGACCGUUGGCUUUCCCGGCUGGGGUACAGACGCCCCAUCGCCGUCCAACGGUUCAUGAGACGGCGGAUCGGAGACUGGCCCGUCUACACUCUAUUCCUAGGCCUUGGACAGAUUAUCGCGACCAACUCGGCGCAAAUCACCCUGCUUGUCGGCCAGAUAGGCGAGACAGCGACCAGGCUAUACGUGAUCGCAACUAUUUACUGUGUCUCAUCUAUUGCCUGGUGGGUUAUGUACACCCGUCUGCCGGCGGUGGUCAUCCUCAGCUCCGCGUGGUUUAUAUACUGCAUGGCCUUUACUAUCCUUAGCAUGUCCCCGUUUGGGACGUCGGCUGCUGGACGAGAAUGGGCGCAAAACGUCGCCGCAGGUAUCUAUGCAGUAGCGUCGUCUAGCGGGUCAUUAUUCUUCGCUCUUAACUUUGGCGACCAAGGCCCUGUCCCUGUCAAGGAUUGGAUGUUUCGCGCCAGUCUUAUACAGGGCCUCUCACAGCUGUAUACCGUCGCCCUGUGGUACUGGAGCUCCAGGGUCACCGCUGUUGAAGUCGGAGGCGUGUCCUCCCUCGCAUUGAACACAUGGAGGCUCACGGCCGUGGCGAUGCCAAUAGCUGUUGUCUGCUUCCUUAUCGGUGUGCUUCUCGCGCUUGGCCUGCCAAAAUACUACCGCCAGGCGCCCAGUCAAAUCCUUGUCUUCUACACAUCGCUCUUCCGCCGCCGGACAGUUCUCUGGUUCUUCUUCAUGGUCAUCGUGCAAAACUGGUUCCUCGUCGCCGCCUUUGGGCGUAACUGGUCAUUCCUCUGGUCUUCCAGACACGCCAGAACGUGGCAAGUCACCAUCCUCGUGAUCAGCUUCUUCAUUAUCCUGUGGGUGCUUAUCCUCAAUGUCUUCCGCCGCCUGUCCAAGGAACAUAGCUGGAUCCUCCCCGUCUUUGGGCUGAGCCUAGGCUCGCCCCGCUGGGCGCAGAUAUGGUGGGGAACGUCCAAUAUAGGUCUCUAUCUUCCGUGGGCUGGAAGCCUCACGUCUGGUGCUAUCGUAUCUAGAUGCCUGUGGCUCUGGCUCGGUGUCCUCGACGAGAUCCAGCAGGUCGGCCUUGGUAUGAUCCUUUUACAGACCUUGACAAGAGUCCAUGUCUGCUUCGUCCUUCUCGCCGCGCAGGCGUUGGGGUCAAUCGCUACUAUUUGCGCGCGCGGCUUUGCACCGAAUAGAAUCGGCCCGGGUGGUAUCUCGCCGAACGUGGUCCUGUCGAUGGGUACAAUCGGCAAUGCGUGGUUCUGGAUUGCGCUGUUCUUCCAGUUACUGGCCAGUUUUGGUUUCCUCCUGUUCUAUCGCAGAGAACAGCUCAACCGGCCGUGA